UUUCCAGCACAGCGCAGUAAAGCAGCUGCAGGUCGAUCGGUGGAAGUCAUUCACAGAAAAGGGAUACUGCACAGGAGACCUACGCAAAGCGGAGAUUGCGGUUUAUGCGUUGCUUUUUACGUACGGCAGAGUUUACUCCAGAGGAAGAACAUCAGAAGGCUACAGAAGGAUUGCUACCUGUUUCAACAGUCCUGCAUCCUCAAAGAUGACAUGCUCGUGAUGCCUCUGUGCAUUCCAGAAGCCCAUCUUGGCAGCUAGAGGAGAGGAGAGGUCGGCCUCCGUCACCAUGACAGUGUUGCCACGGGCCGUGGUCCUGGCUGUGCCCGGCCUUAUUCUCUGUUUCAUCACUCUUCCAUUUCCUGCUACACUAUCCCAGAGGCCCCCUCUCCCCACAGAACCCUCCCCCCCAGCACCCCACACAAGGCCGGAGUGUACCCGCCUAGAGCACCCCGUCAUCUCUAUUCAAGCUCUAAGUCCUUUGAUCUCCAGUUUCUCCCAUCCUGGUGUAAGGGACUACUCUCAGCUGACCCUUGACCUCACCAGGAAUGAACUUAUAGUGGGAGCAAGAAACUACCUCUUCAGACUGAAUUUAAACAACAUUUCCCUAAUUCAGGCAGCGGAAUGGGGCCCAGGCGAAGAAGACACCAGGAGGUCCUGUCAAAGCAAAGGGAAGACGGAGGUGGAGUGUCAAAACUACAUCCGGGUGUUGCUUGUCAACAAGACAGAGGUGAUCAUCGGUACCAAUGCCUUCCAGCCCCUUUGUAUCACCAGAGAGGCAGGGAACAUGAGCAGAGUUGAGAGGGUGAGCGAUGUGGCCCGCCCCUAUGACCCCGUCAUAAUUCGCGACGCUGUAGUGACCGACGGAGAGCUGUAUGCUGCCCACGGUCAUCGAUUUCUCGGCCGGGACCCUGUUAUCUACCGCAGCCUAGGAGAAUGCACGCCUCUGCGGACCCAGUAUAACUCCAAAUGGCUUAAUGAGCCUCACUUCAUCUCGAAGCUUCUGACGUGCGGUCUUUUCACCUUCUUCUUCUUGAGAAAAGCGCGAGGCGGAACCAGCCUGCGAUGGGCGGUGUACUCGAAUUGUACCCAGUGUGUAAGGAAGCGACAUGGGAGGCAGCUUCUUGCGCUGGAAGACACGUGGACCACCUUCACAACCCGACUCAACAUGCAGUCGGGAGAGAUCCCAUUCUACUACAAUGAGCUACAGAGCACCUUCUAUCUGCCAGAACAGGAUCUCAUCUAUGGCAUCUUCACAACCAACGUAACAGCAUUUGCCUCUGCAGUUUGUGCAUACAACCUCAAGCGCAAUCCGCAGGCUUUCCUUGGGCCUUUCAGCCCAGAACCCAGCUCCACGUGGCUGCCACAAACCCCAUCCCUAACUUUGAGUAUGGAGACUAUUCUUAAGGCCCUGGCAACCACUAAUAAGAGCCUGCAAGGUUGCUACUUGGAGGAUCUUAACUCUUCCCUCCUGGUUUUAGGAGCCAAUCCUGAGCCUUCAGAUUCUCCAUGGCGACAGGACUACUUUGUGGGCCUGGUGAUGUGUUUAGAUGCAAGAGACCAUUACUGUGGACAGGACCGAAAGCAGCGGCGUUGCACCACCAUACGAGACAACUCUAACAUGAGCCAGUGGUUCCAGAACAUACUGCCUGUCGGUAAGAACCAGCUGUUUAAAGGAAUGGUGUAUCACGAGCCCUGGGCUCCAUGGCAACCCUGUAGCCAUGAUGAUGGCGAAAACAUUAGUACUUGUCUUUGUCGAUCAGGCUUGCGAUAGUCACGCCCACUGCAGUGCGGAGGUAGAAACUGCUGAGGUCCUACCAUUGAAGUGUCCAACUGCUCAAAGGAAUGGAGUUGGACACCCUGGUCAUCCUGGGGCCAGUGCAGUACAAGUGAGAUUGGGUUUGAAGUCCGCCAGCGAUCCUGCAGCAAUCCUUCUCCCAGGCAUGGCGGCAGAGUGUGUGUGGGGACAAAGCAGAAGAACAGAUUCUGCAAUGAAGGUGUCAUGCCCCUCAGCCCAUCUUCCUGGUCAUCAUGGUCGCCCUGGUCCAGAGUGCAGCUCCAAGAGUGUGGAGGAGGUGCCUCUCGCUCCAGGAACUGUGAGAAUGGAAAUAGCUGUCCAGGAUGUGCGGAGUACCAGGCAUGUACUGAGUCCUGUCCGGAGGUGCUGUCAAACACUCCCAUGGACCCCUUUGGUCCCGUGAACAUAACUCCAGGGGGAGGCACGGCAGGAGCAAAGAGCACGCCAGGCAUCUGCCGGGCCCUCAACUGGCUGACCUCUCAUGAGCUUCAACCAGGCAAGCGCAAGGUGGAGACACGCUCUGCCCCAAUGACGGGACGGGUAACCCAUAAACAGACUCUCGUUGAGGAGCUUCUGAAGACGCCUGGUGUACGCCUGACAGCUGGCUGGUCAUCAUAAAUGUGGUCAGCUUGCACUCAGGAGUGUGCCAAAGGCUACCGGUGACGCAGAACGCACUUCUGCACCAGCGCAGAGGGCAAAAGCUGCCCUGCUGCCUCGGGAUCUCCAGUAGAAUAUCAGGACUGUAACCUCAGGCCCUGUGCAGUUAACGGCGCCUGGUCUUGCUGGUCAUCAUGGUCGCAGUGUUCAGUGCCCUGUGGAGGUGGGCACUAUCAACGAACGCGCACAUGCACCAGCCCUACCCCUGCCAAUGGAGGGGACAUCUGCAUCGGCUUGCACACAGAGGAGGCUCUUUGCAACACGCACACCUGUGAUGGUGGGUGGAUGGCCUGGUCGGUGUGGUCUAAAUGUGAUGACUCGGGCCUGCAGCUGCGCAGUCGAGUGUGCGGGGCUCAGUCCACACCAUGUGUAAACAGCUCCCAGCACCGAGACUGCAAUGAGAUCCCAGCCAUUCUCCCGGCAUCUAGCUAUGAGAAGGACCAACAGUGUGGGGGGUUCACUCUGCUUCACCUGAUAGCUACAGGUGUGUCGUGCUUCCUGGGUGCCGGUCUGCUGUCCUUCCUGGUGUAUGUGUACUGUCAGCGUUUCCACAAGCCCUCGCAGGAGUCUGCCGUCAUCCAUCCCACCACUCCCAACCACCUCAACUACAAGGGCAACACCACACCAAAGAAUGAGAAAUACACACCCAUGGAGUUCAAGACUCUGAAUAAGAACAAUUUGCUGCCGGAUGAGAGGACCAACUACUUCCCAUCACCACUUCAGCAGACGAACGUGUACACCACCACGUACUACCCCACAGCACUGGGCAAAUAUGACUACCGACCAGACUCCUCGCCGUCUCCUUGCAGAACCUAUAACCACAGCUGAGACAUUUGUCCCAUCCGUAGCUUUAUUGCCAUCUCCUAAAGGCCUCCACUUUCCCCACCCAUACACUCUGCACUGAUAAGGUGCUUUUUCCAACAUUCCAGCCGAUUAUUUUCCCUAAAGAUCUCUCCCCCAAGGACUAUGUCACCUAAGUCAUGCCUUACGGUGUCCGACUGGGGGAAAAGUCCAGUGAUUCAAACAGCACUUUUUAAAGAUUGUGUAGCUACACUGACUUUGAUAUACUGAUGUCUUGAUUGAUCGCUGCAGAACUCCCGUUACUGGAAAGAGGUUUUGCUGAAGCUCAAGGUGGGAAGAAAAAAUUGCGCUGGCAUCCCGUACCACUCCAACAAUAUCCAUUACGGGAAAUGCAAUCUGCCACACUGUGGCAGUUCUUUUUGAAACUACAGAAGAAGAAUAGAUGGACACCAGACAAAAGAGAGCAAUCAAUGGUGACAUUAUUAGGUUCGGUUAGAACGGUGGAAUUGUGUUACCUUUGGAUGCAAAUGUAAGGACGUCCCACUGACUUCCAACCUUUUGAGGGGCAAAUCUCUGACAAAAGAGGAUGGGUUGCACGAUCAAUGCAUCUCCUGGGUGAACUCUUCAGAUAUGAGUUCGGAACAAAGCUGCAGAAAAAAGAACUGCUUAAAAUAGGAUGCCAUUCAGAACGGACUCUUAUCAGAAGCGAAAUAUAGAUUUUCAAGCACGUUAAAAGGCCAGAAGAAUGCGUCAUUAUUUCCCUGAAAAGUUGAAACGCCUUUCUUACUUGCGAAUGCAUGGGAAUCGAGGAAUAUUGCACCAACAUGGAAUAUGCUUAGAUCUGAAGCAAACAUGUUCUACUCUCUUACUGUAAGUCCCGGUGGUCAUAUUAAAUAUGACUGGGUUCAAACUGAGACGGACUAUAUUUUAUUAUGAAAAAAUGUAGAAAAUACUGAUAGCUUGGCACUUGUUUUAUACGGCUAUUUUAAAGAGGGAAUUAUUCAGCAGUUGUAGGAUAGAUGGAUAAUAGAGUUUAUUUAAGAUGUGAGUUCAAACAUUGACGGAGCUAUACUGAACAUUUCAUAUAUU